AAAGCUCCGUCCCCAAAAACAAAGGAAACAAAAUCAGUCGGCGGAACGGGAAGAGAUCUAUCGGAAAGCUUACGGCGGCGGAAGUUAUGGCGAACAUAGAAUCAGAAGCAGUCGAUUUCGAGCCAGAGGAGGAUGACCUUAUGGACGAAGAUGGUACAGCUAUUGACGGAGCUGAUGUUUCUCCACGCGCGGGACAUCCGAGGCUUAAGUCGGCUAUUGCCGGAGCAAAUGGCGAAUCAGCAAAGAAGACCAAAGGCCGUGGGUUUCGCGAGGAGAAAGAUUCCGAUCGUCAGCGUCGUCUUUCCUCGCGCGAUUUCGAAUCACUCGGUUCCGAUGGCGGUCGUGGUCCACAGAGAUCUAUUGAAGGAUGGAUUAUUUUGGUCUCUGGAGUUCAUGAGGAGGCACAGGAGGAUGAUUUAACCAAUGCUUUUGGUGAUUUUGGGGAGAUAAAGAAUCUACAUCUCAAUCUCGAUCGCCGUACUGGUUUUGUCAAGGGCUAUGCUUUGAUAGAGUAUGAGAAGUAUGAAGAAGCACAGAAGGCUAUUUCAGCAAUGAAUGGUGCUGAGCUUCUAACACAGAAUGUUAGCGUUGAUUGGGCCUUCAGCAGAGGUCCCAGUGCUGAAUCUUACAGGAGAAAGAACUCGAGGUCUGGGAGGUCGCAACGUUCAAGAAGCCCGAGAAGACGUUACUGAUUGUAUGAUUUGGUGGAGAGUUGUCUCCACAUGUCUCUGUAUUUGGGAUUCCCUCUCUUAUCUGUAAGGUACGGAUGCAAGGCGCGAGUGUUGGACAAUUUUUCUUGGUGUUAUGUAGGGUUUGGCUGAUUUUACGUUGGUUAAUCGUUUAUGCAUUUUGCAUGGGAUUGUUGCGUUUAAACACCAUGAGAUCUGUUUUAAUGCUUU